AUGUCUUCUGGAGGUCCCAGACCUGACAGAGUACUGGGGAGCCCACCGCAUCGUGACCUGCGACGCGCCGGUCUUCUGGCUGAACUUCUCGGUCCCAGACAGCACUCGACGGUACCUCGACGUCAGCGCAGGUUCCCUUCAUCCCGCGUCAUCCUUUGGAUCCGACAGGCUGCUUGGUCUGCGCGUGGAUGCGGUAGUCCUGUCCUCAGACCAGCCGGAGCUCGAUACCUCGCAGCUGGAGAUCACUUUGCCUCCAGGUAUGACGAGAGGCGUGCUCCUGCAGUCGCCGGAUGA